AGGCGUACUGCGCCUGCGCGAAGAGCCGCGAGGUGAGGCGCGUGCGCUCUGCGCACCCUGGAAACCAAGCCCGACAGCUUGGGGCUGGGACGCCGGUGUCUGCGGGUGGUUGGAAUUGUGGCAACUUAGCAGAAGUGAAAGGGGCCCCGGCGGCGACAGGACAAGUUCAACAGCGGCUGGGGCAGUGAACGCGCGGCGGGCGGGAUGGGCCGGCGCCAGGCCCCGGAGCUGUACCGGGCCCCAUUCCCGUUGUACGCGCUCCGGGUGGACCCCAGCACGGGGCUGCUCAUCGUAGCUGGUGGAGGAGGCGCCGCCAAGACCGGCAUAAAAAAUGGAGUGCAUUUUCUGCAACUAGAGCAGAUUGAUGGGUGCCUGAGUGCCUCCUUGCUGCACUCCCAUGACACAGAGACACGGGCCACCAUGAACCUGGCACUGGCUGGUGAUAUCCUUGCAGCGGGGCAGGAUGCUCACUGUCAGCUCCUGCGCUUCAGGGCUCAUCGGCAGAAGGGCAACAAGGCAGAGAAGGCAGGUUCCAAGGAGCAGGGGCUUCGACCAAGAAAGGGGGCAGCCCCAGCAAAGAAAGGGGGAACUGAAACCCAGCGUGACGGGGUAGAGCUUAAAGUAGAAAAUCUGCAGGCGGUGCAGACAGACUUCGGCCUGCAGAAAGAUAUACUGCAAAAAGUUGUGUGCUUCAACCCUGAUAAUACCCUGAUUGCCACUGGAGGGACAGAUGGUCACAUUCGUGUCUGGAAGGUACCCACCCUAGUGAAAAUUCUGGAGUUCAAAGCCCAUGAAGAUGAGAUUGAAGACCUGGCUUUGGGGCCUGGUGGCAAGUUGGUAACUGUGGGCCGGGACCGUAAGGCCUUUGUGUGGCAGAAGGAUCAGCUAAUAACACAGCUGCACUGGCAAGAGAAUGGACCCACCUUUUCUAACACAUCUUACCGCUACCGGGCCUGCAGGUUUGGGCAGGUUCCAGACCAGCCCGCUGGGCUGCGACUCUUCACAGUGCAGAUCCCCCAUAAGCACCUGCAGCAGCACCCGCCUUGCUACCUCACAGCCUGGGAUGGUUCCACCUUCUUGCCCCUUCGGACUAAGUCCUGUGGCCAUGAAGUCAUCUCCUGCCUCAGUGUCAGGGAGCGUUCCUGUGUGGCUGCUGCUCUUGCUAUGUGUCGGGCUUAUCUUUGUGACCAUCCUGCUGCUCCAGAGUGCCUUUCCAGGUUUUCUUUAGCCUUCCUGCUGUCUGGGAAUCCGGCCUGGAUGCUGCCACCGUCUAGAGGGGAGUGGAGGCCUGGACUCCUAUUGCUCACUCCAUUUGGGCCCACAACUGAGGAUGCCUCUGAUGAUGGGCACUGCUUGCCCUUUUCAGUGAAAGCUUGGCUGUGGCCCUAUGUGACUGUGGGUCCUGGGAGUCCUACAUUCAUCACCUGCAGAUCCACCCAGGACAGUGGUGUUUUGAGUCCAGACUACACAACCUGCCUCCUCCUCUUUGCCCAGCAAAGGCUCCAAAGCUGAACAUGUCCUUCUCCAGAAACAUGAAGAUGCCCAAGGGUCUGGAGGCACUGCUGUCCUUCCUGCAGAAACAAUCAGUUUCUCUUCCUCUCCUCACAAUCUUCACAUGAAGCCCCUGGCUUUUGCUGGGCCAAGGACUGGCUUGGCACUUGCUGUGAGGUCAUAAAGGGGCCAAAAAGAAGACUCAGGUAGUAAUCUGUGGGUUCAGAUGGGUAGCACCAGGCCAGCCAGGCUGAAUAUGCAGUAAGUUCCUGGAUCACUAUCGCAGACUUGAGGAAAGGGAAAAUCAACCUCAGUCCAUUAAGCAGGAAGGGUUGAUAUUUAAUAAACAAGGGAAGACUGAACUGAGACCCCAAA